GUGGUGGCCGAGCUCUUGGUAAUCCUUUUUCAAAACGAAAAACAUUCCAAAAAAUAAAAAAAUAAAAUAAAAUAAAAUAACAACGAAAUGAGUGCUACAGAGAAGGAUCACAACCGAAAGCCCAGCAGUUUGCGGUCUAUCAUUGCGGGCUCAACAGCAGGUGCCAUUGAAAUCGGUAAUGCUUGCCCACAUCGAGGCACAUAUACUCUUAUAGCCAAAGACUUUUGCUAAUUAUACUAGCAAUCACUUAUCCGGCUGAAUGUAUGGUACAUGCCUUUGGCUACUCUAAGUCAGCUUACUCAACGUGUCCAGUUGCAAAAACUCGGUCGCAACUCAAUCGCAAACUCCCGGACGGAAAAAAGCUGCCAUGGCCCCCGUUUGGAAAGCAGUGGUACGCCGGCUGCACAACUUUGAUUAUAGGAAAUUCGCUCAAGGCAGGCAUCCGGUUCGUCGCUUUCGACAGAUUCAAGUCACUUCUUCAGGAUGAGAAUGGCAAGAUCUCGGGUCCAAGAACGGUAAUUGCUGGCUUUGGAGCUGGCUUCACUGAAUCUCUUUUAGCAGUGACACCAUUCGAGAGCAUUAAAACGCAAUUGAUUGACGAUCGCAAAUCCGCAAACCCUCGUAUGCGGGGGUUCUUGCAUGGUAGUAAACUGAUAUUCCAGGAGCGAGGCAUUCGAGGUUUUUUCCAGGGGUUCGUUCCUACAACUGCCAGACAAGCCGCCAACUCCGCGACCAGAUUCUCAAGUUAUACUAUGUUAAAGCAACUAGCUGAAAGCUAUGUCGCACCUGGAGAGAAGCUGGGAACUGCAAGCACCUUCGCUAUCGGCGGUAUGGCAGGCUUUAUAACAGUAUAUGUCACACAACCUCUUGAUACUGUCAAAACCAGGUUUGCUAAUGGCCACACUAUGUGUGAUUUGCUUUUUACGGUACUAAUUCGAUAGCAGAAUGCAAUCGCUGGAAGCUUCUAAGAACUAUAGGAACAGUUUUGUCUGUGCAGCAAGGAUAUUCCAAGAUGAGGGAUUACUUACAUUCUGGUCCGGGGCCGUUCCGCGACUUGCCAGAUUGAUAUUAAGCGGGGGCAUAGUGUUCACAAUGUACGAGAAGACGAUGGACACUC